UACUCGUUACGUCCAUUAACUGAGCCUUAGCCUCUUCUCUCUUUUCCCUCAAACUUACGUUCCCCUUCAGUAUGUACUAUCAAAUUAAAACUCUAUGCAUGCCCCUUCUCUCCACUAAUUAAACUGCUAUCUCCACCAUCCCCACUACCACUCACAAAAGCUUCUAAUUUUUCUCCACCACUUCAGUUUCAUCUCUAUCUCGAUGGCUCAAACAUCCCCUCCUCCAAUUCCUUCUGUGCCUCCAAUUCCCAGUCCCAUCUCAAUAAGAACACUUUGUGAUCAAAACCCUAAUCAUGAUCAAUUCCAACCCAAUCAUCAUCUCAAUUUUAUGGUCAUCUUGGCAGCAAUCUUGUGUGCCUUUGUGUGUGCUCUUGGUAUCAAUUCCAUGUUGCACUGCGUUUUUCAAUGCAUAAGUCGUGCCGUCAUUGAACCGGUCCAAUGGGUAGCUUCACGCCGGCUUAAUUCAGGCCUAAAGAAGAAGGAAAUGGUGGCUUUGCCUACUUCAACUUACGCUGAUUCAGGUACUACUUCUCCAUCUUCGUCGUCUUCAGGCUGCGCUAUUUGUUUGGCUGAUUUUUCUGAUGGGGACAAGUUAAGGGUGCUGCCCAAGUGCAACCAUCGGUUUCACGUUGCCUGCAUUGACAAGUGGUUGCUCUGCCACUCUUCUUGUCCGACUUGCCGGCAUCGGCUCAAGUCCAGUGACUGCAUGCCCUCUCUUUCUGAGAUUGUCACACCCUAAGAGACUCAAUUCAGAGAAGAACGUCAUCGGCUUAGUUGAGUUGCGGAAGGGAUAUGACACUGCAGAAACUCAUGAAUUUGUAUUAGGGUUUCAUAUUAGUAUCUGGUUAUACUAGUUUCUCUUCCUAUAUAUCCUAUUAGGGUUCAUAUCAUAUGGAGUUAUGAAUGGAGGAGUUUUGAAGCAUGCAAACUAUAUUAUUAUAAAUGUUAUAGUUUUGGUGUCGCCA